UUCAACGACUGCUAUCUGGCUGUAGCAUCAAUUUAUAUCCACAUACGGAAUACAGGGUUACGUACAAGCUAGCUGACUCUGAUGGUUUUGGAAACGGAAUACCCCUCAAGGAUAAAGUGAAUUUGUCUGGCGUAGGAAAAGGUUCACUGCGGUUUUUAUCAGGGCGACGUGCAGUGGGGGCGGAGUGAUAUCACUGUACGCAAGCUAAUGACUGGCUUUACUGAAUCAUACCGCUCAGGGUAGUCUGCUGGCUGCAGGCGAGUAGACGUUUAAAUCCCCCGGGUUACAUUAGACAGCCAAAGACUCGGAAACUAUUCGAAGGGCUUUUGAUUAUUUUUGUUAGUAUUAAAGGUUUCUUUUAUAGAAAAUGUCUAUACAGUAGGGUGUUGCUUUCGAAGUAUUGCGAAGGUUUUCCAUGGCGGUGGAAGAGCGCCCGGAGCUGGUUGGAAAGCGGUUCCUGUGCGUGAGCGGACUGGAUCUGGUGGAGCUCGCGGAGAUCGCGCGCUGGAGAUGGCGAGCGGGGGUAAUCCGUGCAGUUACACACCGCGACAGUGACAACCCGGAGCUCAUGGUGUACGUGGAGUUUGACGGUCUGGAGUGGGAGAGGAGAGAGUGGGUGAAGGUACGCGAAGGCCACCGGGUCUUCCUGCUGGAGAAGGGCCUGGUCUGGGCCUGGAGGAAGGACACCACGCAGCUCCAGGGGUCAAAGGUCAAGCAGAUCCAGUGGCCUGCCUUGACGUUCAAGCCCUUAGUUGGGAAGUCUGUCUUGGGGCCGGUCACCGCGGUGGAGUUCCUCUGUGACAGGCGAGUGGAUUUCCUCACAGAAGACGGCGCAUACUGGCCUUAUGAGGAGGAGGCUGCCAUCUUGAAUCCAGUGCUCAGGGACAAUCUGCAGCUACACCAGGAGGUGUGUGCCUGGGUGAAAGAGCAGAAAACCCAGGACAUUUUUAUGAGAGGCCCCUACUCUCUGAACGGACACAGGGUGCGGGUUUACCGCCAGGACUCUGCCACUCAGUGGUUCUCAGGAAUCAUCACCCAUCACGACCUGGGCAGCCGUGCCAUGAUCGUGAUGAACGACCAGGUACUAGAGCCUCAGAAUGUUGACCCUUCUACGGUGCAGAUGACAUUUUUAGAUGAUAUUGUGCAUUCUUUGCUGAAAGGUGAAAAGAUUGGCAUUGCGUCCAGACGUCGGACUCGCACCAGCCAAAAUGGCAGCAGUGUUCCUGCUCAUCCCACACGUACACAGGCCAGCAGCCCCAGGGCCCUGAGCACCUCUGGCUCCACGCCUCAGGCCCAGCCCUCGCCCGGAGGGAAAGAUCCCUCGGCGAUUAGAAGUGAAGCCAUGGUGAAUAAGAGGAGGAAGCCAGAGGAGGACAGGGGCGACGUGAAGCGGAGGAAAGUGGAGGAUGGGUGUGGCAGGGCUGAGAGCGGCCAAUCAGAGAGCAGGAAAGGCACGGGCGCUUCCGAGCCCCACCCAGAGGGGGAGGAGCUAUCCCAGAGUGCCGAGGGGCCGGACGGCGAGGAGCAAUCCCAGAGUGCCGAGGGGCUGGAGGAGGAGGAGGCGGCCCCCGGGGAGGGUAAGGAAACUGGGACAGAGACACUCCCGUCUGACGAACCUGCACUGGGAGGGGCGAAGACCCCACCUGCUCCGCAGCACCCAAUCGGUGGCAACUCUGAAACACAGGAGCAGGAGUGUGGGGCAGGAAUGAAGGGCAGCUCGAAACCGUUAUCUGCGGAACAUUCCGGAAACGUCGUGCCCAGAACGCGGACGCCGCCGGAUGCGCUCGACCCCGCAGAGGGCACCGGCAGACCCCAGGAGGGCUCGGGGGCCGUCUCCGCUCCGCAGCCUUCCCAGGAGGCUGAGCGGCACACCACGGAGACCUGGCCCGCGUCAGACUGCAGGAGCACGGAGCAUAAGCCACAGCUGCGGGACUCUCUCUCUGAGGAGACGGCCCCGCCCAGCUCAAGCCAACAGAGUCCUGCGGCCACGCCCUGCGUUCCAAACCCCUCCUUCCCCCAGGAAGUCAGAACACCCUACAAGCAGAGCUCUUCUCCAGACAUCCCCAGACCCAGACCCUCUCCAGGACUGGCCUUGUCCAACGAUGUGUCCAAACGGGACCCCUCCCCUGGCGAGAAGCAGAGAGGCCGCCGGGCCAAUGGCAGCGCGGCCCCGGAGGGGUCAGGGGGCGAGCCGGACGAGCCGCACCCCGUCUUUAAGCCCAUCGCUCUGCGAGGCUCCGCCUCCGAGCCCCCCAGCAGCCCGCUCCAGCCCUUCACCGUCUACAGGGACCCCGCCCUCCGCCGGCCGCCGACCGAGCCCGGCCACUACCUCCACCCCCUCCACCCGCUCCACCAGCCCCCGCGCUCCGGCCCCCACCCCGGCCUCCUCCACCACCCCCACCUCCUUCCCAGCCUGCUCCCCGGGCUGGCCCCGCCCUCCAUGCUGGGGGCCGUGGGAUUGGCUCAUCACCCCCACCAUCAGCAGCCCCCCGGUCCCGCAGGGCCCUCCUACAACCACCUGGGUCUGUACCCCAUCGUCUGGCAGUACCCCGCCCUGGGGCUGCCGGGCGCCAAGUGGGGGCAUCCGGAGAGUUCCGUCAGCUCAGAGACCUGUCUGAGGAGGAACACGGCCAGCCCCUGGCUGCCCCAGCACACCCCUGUCAGCUCCCCCGACACCCUGGGGUUCCUGAGCCACGCCCCCGAGGGCCUGAGGUCACUGAGCCACGCCCCCGCGAGACCCGCCAGCGCUGACCCCCAGCCCCGCUCCAGCCCCUCGCUGUCCAACAGCACGCCGGAGAAGAGUGGUUUCGGGGAGCCGCCUCGAGCCUUCACCCCGACGCACCCCGCCCCGGACACGGACAGCAUGUGGCCCCUGGGGGCCAGAGAGGGCCACCACCAGCGCCACUUCCUGGAUCCCCUUCCGGGCCAGCAGAGGGCGCCGCAGGGCCCCGUCGACAGAGCCAGCAUGUACAAGGAGGAGAGCCGGCGUAUCCUCCAGGAGAGCAUCCAGGUCGCUCCUUACACGGCCAAGAUUCGGCCCAGUGAGGGAGAGAGAGAGCCUUACCUGGCCCUGCCCCCUCCGACCCCGCCCCUUGCCAAGAGCCACGGCCUUUACAGAGACCUGGACCCCGCCGCUAGUGAGAUGUACGGGCUGAAGCCCCACUCUGUGCCCCAGUGUGGGGGCGGGGUCUUCCCCUGCCUGUCCAAUGGCGAGGCUCGCCAGGCCUACCCCAGCCCGCCCCCGCCUGCCCCCCUGUUCAGCAGCAGGGCCCAGUCCGACCACCCUUCCCCCGUUACGCGUCCGGUAGAGAUGGCGGAGCGGCUCUCCCUGUCCGACCCUCUCCGCUGCAUGCCCGCCCUGCACAGGGCUCCGGUCUUUCACCCCCCUCCCCCGCAUACCCAGCAUGCUCUGGGGCACCCCGAGGGAAGAGCAGCCCGGCUGUCUCCGCCCACGCUCACCCCCGUCCACGCGGUGAGCUCGACUGGGCCGGGGCCGGCGGUGGGGCCGGUGCCGGAGCAGCAGAGGCCCCCCACGCUCAUCCCGGAGGUCAGGGGGGCGGGGGGCGGCAGUGGGACACGCAGCACCCCGCCCGAGGGCUGGGGACCCGGGGCCAGCGGAGGCACUAAGCCCCAGUCAGCGGCGGCCUCUGUGAUCAUGCGGCCCUCCGUCUGUGUGAGGGGCGCGGGGGGCAGUCUGCCUGGGGGAGCCUUGGAGCACACCUCCCUCAGGAACGGCACCCAGGGAGGGGCUGCCUGCCCUCCUGCAGCUCCGCCCAACGGCGUGUGCAAUCCCAGCUCUGUGGAUCCGCCCUCCACCGCCGCUGAUCCAGGCCAAUCGGGCGGGACGUCGGCCAGGGAGAAAGCAGAAGGUGCUGCCAGGCCCCAAGAGGCCCUGCCCCCCUCUCCCAGCGCACAGCUGCCCCAGGGUUUGCUGCACCCCGGCCACAUCGUCCACCUGAAGAAGCGCAAGGCUGUGCUCGCUGCUGCCCAGCUUCAAAUGGCCAACCCUACCCAGAGCAGCGCAAGCGCCCUGCCUCCGCUCCCGCCCCCCAUUUCCCAUGCCAAUGGUGUGACCAGUGCCAGCUCCCUGACCAAUGGGAAGCCAACCCCACCCAGCUCCCUCACCAAUGGGAAGCCAGCCCCGCCCAGCUCCCUGACCAAUGGGAAGCCUGCCCUGCCCAGCUCCCUGACCAAUGGGCAGUGGGCCCCACACAACUCCAUAAUGUAUGGGAAUCAGGCCCCACCAAACUCCCUGACCAAUGGACACCAGGCCUCACCCAGCUCCCUGACCAAUGGGCAGCCGGCCCCACCCAGCUGCCUGACGAAUGGACAGCUAGCUUCACCCAGCUCCCUGACCUACGGGCAGUGGGCCCCACACAACUCCCUAACGAAUGGGAAUCUGGCCCCACCAAACUCCCUGACCAAUGGGCAGCCGUCCCCGCCCAGCUCCCUGACCAAUGACCAGCUGGCCCCACCCAGCCGGCCAAACUACCACAAGCUGAAGAAAGCCUGGCUGACCCGCCACUCGGAGGAGGACAGAAACGGCUCCGCAGCCGGGAAGCCUGAGACCAAGCCCUCCGCCCUCAGCCUGACGGCAUCCACGCCGGCCGGUCCAGACUCCUCAGACCAGGAGGUCAGACACGGGCAGGACGUCGGGGAGAAGAAGGUCGGAGAGAAUAAGGAGAGCAGGGAGAAGGAGGAUGUCAGAGAGAAGAAGGUCGGAGAGAACAAGGAGAGCAGGGAGAAGGAGGAUGUCAGAGAGAAGAAGGUCGGAGAGAAUAAGGAGAGCAGGGAGAAGGAGGAUGUCAGAGAGAAAGCGGAGGUCAGAGAUAAGCAGGAUAACAGAGAGGUGCCGGACGUCGGAGACGACCCGGUGGCCAGAGAGGAGCAGGGGGAGGGGAAACCUCAAAGAGCCGCCAAGCGGAGCUACAAAUCCACCUCGGAGAGCACGGAGGAGUCGGACGGCAGCCAAUCAGAGCACAGGGCCAAACGGCUGGCCAAGCCCACCUACAAGAAGAAGCAGAGCGACCUGAGGAAGAGGAGGAGCAACAGGAAGGAAGAAGAGGAGGAGCCCAGAGCGAACGGCGUCUUCCGGAGUGCCAAGGAGAAGAACAGGCUGAAGCUGGCCGGCAGCAACGGGGUCCCGCGCUCCGUGCUGAAGGACUGGCGCAGGGUUCGCAAGCUGAAGCAGACGGGGGAGCCCUUCCUGCAGGACGACUCCUGCUCCCAGGCCACGCCCAGCCUGCAGAAGUGCCGCGAGUGCCGAUUGGCCCGCAGCCGGAAAGGGGAGGAGCCCGGCCACUCGCCCGUCUUCUGCAGGUUCUACUACUUCCGACGGCUCUCAUACAGCAAGAAUGGAGCGGUGAGAGUGGACGGCUUCUCCUCCCCAGACCAGUACGAUGAUGAGGCCAUCAGCAUGUGGGCUCCCGGUGUCUGUGAGCAAAACAAGCUGGAUGUGGAGACGGCCAAAUACAUCCUCAGCUGCAUCGGGGACAAAUUCUGCCAGAUAGCCAUGUCUGAAAUCACAGCAGCAACGUGCAUCAAGAAAAAUGUGUCUCUGGCCUGGAAGAGGGCGGUGCGAGGAGUCAGGGAGAUGUGUGACGUCUGUGAGGCCACGCUCUUCAACCUGCACUGGGUGUGCCAGAAGUGCGGCUUCGUGGUGUGCGUGGACUGCUACAGGACGAAGGAGCGGAAGGUCUCUAAAGAGAAAGACCAGUACCCUUGGCUGAAGUGUGUCAAAGGACAGCCUCAUGAUCCCAAGCAUCUGAUGCCCACUCAGAUCAUUCCUGGAACAGUGUUGGCAGACCUGCUGAACACCAUGCACACUCUCAGGGAGAGGUUUGGCAUUAGGGCCCACUGUGCCUGCUCUGUGAAGCUCAGCACGAUCCCGUCCACCAACGGGGUGUCCCAGGUGUUGCAGAAUGUGCUGAACCACAGCAAUAAGAUGUCCCUGUGCAAGCCCCCCGGGUGCCAGGAGGACCCCUCGCUCAAGGCCGAGUCAGACUGCAAGCCCGCCCCGCCUGAGGCCCAAUCCCCCCUGCACUUCCUGGCUGACCUCGCCGAGCAGACCUCCCGCCAGGAGAAGAAAGAAAAUAAGGAGUCAGCGGUGGGGGUGGUGGCGGUGGUGAAAGAGGUGGAGCAGGGCGAGGGGGUGGAGGUGCAGAGCGCUAAGCCCUCCAUCCUGGGGCCCAGCAGCACAGAGCAGGGCUCCACCCUCAGAGACCUGCUCACCACCACCGCCGGGAAGCUCCGUCUGGGCAACACCGAGGCCAGCAUGGCCUUCUCACCGGUGUACUGCAGUCUAACCCAGACCAGUAAAAGCAGCAGGUGCAUGCCCAACAUCUUGGAUGACAUCAUCGCCUCGGUGGUGGAGAACAGGAUCCCGGCCGGCAGGCCCAGCAGGCCCAAACCCAAGCAGGAGGGGGGCGAGGAGGCCAGGGCGGAGCCGAAGAAGCCCGACGCGGAGGACCCCGCGCCCACGGCCCCCUCAGACGCCCCUCACGCCUGGCUCUGUGACAAACGCCUGCUGUGGCUCAGAGACCUUCAUCAUCCCGGCAACUGCAAGCUCUUCAGGGAGAGCUGGGAGCUGGGCCAGCCGGUGGUGGUCUCUGGCAUCCAGAAGAAGCUAAAAGCCAGUCUGUGGAAGGCCGAAUCUUUCAGCCGGGAGUUUGCUGACCACCAGGGAGACCUGGUAAACUGCAGGGACGGGGCGGUGUCCGUGUCCGGCGUUAAGGAAUUUUGGGAUGGCUUUGAGGACUUGACGAGGUGGCGGGGUAAAGGCAGUGAGGCGCCAGUGUACCGGCUAAAGGACUGGCCUUCAGGGGAGGAGUUCAUGGCUCUCAUGCCUUCCCGGUAUGAUGACCUGAUGACUAACCUCCCCCUGCCGGAGUACUCCACCCAAGAGGGGAGUCUCAACCUGGCAUCCUGGCUGCCCCCCUUCUUUGUGCGGCCAGACCUGGGCCCCAGACUGUGCUGUGCUUAUGGCAUAGUUGCGUCCCAGGAGCAGGACUUCGGAACGUCCAACAUCCACCUGGAAGUGUCCGACACCAUCAGCAUCCUCGUUUAUGUGGGCGUGGCCAAAGGAAAUGGAGUCCUGUCCAAAACCGGUCUGCUGAAGAGGUUGGAAGAGGAGGAUCUGGAUGAAGGAAUGAAGAGGAGACUGAGGGACUCCAGUGAAAUGCCAGGGGCUCUUUGGCAUAUCUACCCCAGCAAAGACACAGACAAGAUCAAAGAAUUCCUCCACAAGGUUGCCCGGGAAGAGGGCGAUGAGGAGCUGCUGGAGCAGGAUCCGAUGGGAGAGCCGGGCCAGUACCUGAGCAGGGCACUGAGGGACCGGCUGCAGGAGGAGCAGGGGGUCCAGGGCUGGACUCUGCUGCAGUUCCACGGAGACUCGGUCCUGAUUCCUGCUGGGGCCCUGCACCAGGUGCAGAACCUCCACAGUUGUGUGCAGGUGAUCAGUGACUUUGUGUCUCCAGAGCAUGCGGUGCACUCCUUCCACCUAACACAGGAACUCCGGUCCUCCUGCCAGGAACUCAACUACGAAGACAAGCUCCAGAUCAAGAACAUCUUCUACCACUCAGUGAAAGAGGCCGUGGGGACGUUAAAGAGGAGCGGGGCGGAGGAGCCGGGCCAGGCGCCGGCGUGAACACGGGCUCCUCUCAGCUCCUGACGACGCGCACACGCUAAGAGCAGCCUCAGGGAGCCGGGCCCAGGCCAUCUGAGGACCAUGUAGCAGCAACAGCACAGCCCUUCUGCUUUCACUCUGCACACUCUACCUGUUACCUUAUAUUUAUUAUCAGAGUUAUUUGUGCCGUGGUGAAUGUAAAUGUGGCUUGUACAGGCGUGUACAGUUUAUUAAAUGUAUUCUGUGAGCAGAUUGCAGACGCCAGCUCUAGCCUGUAUGCGGGAGGUCUUGCCUGUAUCCCCGCCUACAGACAGACCAUAUGUAUUACGAUGACCUGCCAAACUGUUGAAAAUGUAAUAAGAUUAUAUUCAGUACAGAAAGAGAAAUGAACUUAAUGGGUUGCAGAUAAUUGUAUCGGGAGGCAUUUAAAAUGUUAUUUAUUGAAGAAAAUCUUGUUUUAUUAAGAAUUUAUUAUGCUGAAAUGUUGAAGUUGAAUGAUAAAUAUUAUAUGUAAAUACAUACAUGUACAGUGCUGUGAAAAACAAUAUUUGAUUUGAUUCCUGAUUUCCUGUAUCACAUUUUUCUCACGCUGAAUGGUUUCAGAUCUUUAGAUAACUUUUAUUAAAUACGUUUAAAUGUGUUUUGUGUUUACUCCAUUUCACUUUGUCUGAUAUUACAUUUUGUCUAAAGAUCAGAAGUAAUUUGUUGUGACAAAUAUGCAAUAUUAGAGGAAAUCAGGAAGGGGGCAAAUACUUACUCAGAGCACUGUAUAAUUCAAUAAUGUAUUUUUUACGUGUUAAAACUUCGUACACUGACAUUAAAACGUGUUUUACAUUUUCCAUUAAAAUGGAUUUAUCCGUUUCAA